AUGGCAACUCCAAGUCAUGCGCAAGAGAUGUCACAGACUAUUCAGACAAGAAUCGAGGCGACUAGCCAGGAGAUAAAUCAAAAUCCUCGCAUGGAGGCCCCGGUUCCUUCUGUUGCCGCAUUCAAUGGAGGAGAGUCCGAAGAACACAGCGGGAACCCAAUUAAGGAUGAGAAGAGUCAACGAGCUCCCCAUUAUCAACCGGAAAAUUCCACAGAGAUCAACGAAACAGACCGGCCUAUCAUGUCUCAAGCUGGUGCAACACAUCCUUGGGCACAGAAAUCAAGCAAUGGUGGCCCAGACUCAGACCCUCCAAUUCCAAUCUCACAUGAUUAUUUUUCCAAGGCAACUCGCGACCAGCUUUCAUCUGUUGAGAUACUCUCAGAGCUAUCGAGGCAUCAACUUGCUGAGCUACGGCAAAUGGUUGCCCUCAUCGAAGUUUCGACCACCUCAAAGGUAGAAUUCAUUUGGGGUUCGGUCCUCCAACUUGUUGGACUCAUCUUCGUUGUUGUUUUUGGGGUGUUCGCCGCGUUGGCAUACAUUGCUGCAGGUGUUGCGAACACACAGGCAUCUGAGGCGAAUCAACUUUCUCUCCUCACUUUUUGCAUGUUGAAUCCGAAUACAACGGGGGAUACUUGCGCCGCAGUUUCACAACACGGCGUAGACGCGCUCCGUGCACUUGCAGCAACCAUUUUGGGCCCAACUGCAAUCAUCACGGCAACUUCUACGCCUUCUUCAACGUCAAGCUCAACAAGUAAGAGUUCAAUAUCAAUAACUUUCACAAGUCCCAUUACAACAAGUGCAAGUUCUUCAGCGACAUUAACUCCGGCGUCAAGUCCUAUAGAUUCAACAAGUACGAGCUCAUCCAAAAUACUUGCCAGUCCCAGUGGUAAUCUUACAUUGGGUGUCACCCCGACUCCUUCUACUGGGAAUUCUGCAACGCAUUCAUCCAAUGAUCUAAGCACACCUGCGCUGGUGGGAACCGUUGUGGGCGCAAUUCUAGGCAUGACGAGCAUCCUUGUCUCUUGCUGCACCUUCUUCGUAAAGUUUCGGCGCAUGAAAAAUCACGAAAGCAGGCCAAGAUUGCCCACGCCAGAGGCCGGUCAACCAGAAGGAGAGUCGGAAACUUGGAGAACUACAAGAUUCAGAACGCCCCUGAAUGUUUGAUCUGGGUUCUCGAAGUAAAGG